AUGUUAUCUAUCUUAUUACUACUUCCAAGUGCUUCGGCAAUCGCCUUGCCAACAUCUCUACCCACAGCCACGGAUAUCCCGAGCUCUUUAAAUGAUUCGACUUUCGACCCAUCAUACUACUUGGAUGGUUAUGAGGGUUGUGAUGGUCCACAAGAGUUGGCAAUCAAAGAUGCGUUUACAGAAGCGAUUCAAUUGAUUGGUGGUACGGAAGUACCCGUCGAUGCAACUGGUUCGAUGAUCACCGAAUAUCCUGCCUUCGAAUGGACGUCGGCUGGGGCAAUCGAAUAUUUUGGUCCGGCAGAAAGAACCGAAGAAUAUCGGUACACAGUUAAAGGUAAUCUAGACAGAGCAGCUAAGGUUCAACAUACGUGGAGAUGGUUGCCUCCAUGGUCAAAGAAAAUGAGUGUUUCGUGCAACGACCCAGAACAGCGAUGCCCUGUCUGCCAAGAACCUGGUACCGUUAGCAAGGUUUACGCCUACAAUAUCGAUUUUGAAGCCCACGUAAACUUUUGCCCUCGAUUUUUCGGCCUUUCCACCUUGCAAGGGAAGAUGAACGAGAUGGCUGUAAAGCCACUGAGAGAACAAGGAUAUGUUUACUCUUACAUUAACAGAGGCUUAGUAUGGGCUCAUGAAUUGUUGCAUAUAGAUGCUAUUGGAAAAGGUACCGGAUUCGACCAUGUUUGGGAUGUGCCAGUACCCUACUACCACCCAGAUGUACCCUACGACCCAGUCAAUGGGAUACUUCAAACGGCCUAUGGUCCUUUGUUUACAAAAUGGCUUGCUCAAAGCGACUUAGUCCAAGAUUUUUAUGCCUCCAGUAACGCCGAAAAUUAUGCUAUGUUUUUCAUGGCCAACUUUGUCAACAGAAAAAGAAAAUUUUACCCAAGUUUACCUCAAGUGGCCAUCAAUCCAUUUAGAGAACCUAAAGAUGGCGAUUAUACAGGAGUACCCCCGAAGGAAGAACCUUCUGAACAAGUAGCGGGUUGUGUGCCGCCAAAGUUCAAGGUACCCAUAUUAGCACAGACAACUAUUACACCCACGGGUCCAACGAUGAGCCCGACAUCCCCACCAACAGAUCUUCCAAAACUCACAUCGCAAGCAUAUUGCACCGAGACCCUCCAAGAUGGCAAACUUAUUUUCCAUGAAAAGACAGUCGAUCCAUGCCCAUCCGCGCAACCAACACCACCGCCGCCACCACCAACACCGGCACCGAUAACAAAACGCCUCUUUGUCAUGUACGAAGAAUACAUGGACCAGAUUCUAGCAGAGAACCACUGGGACUUCUUCACCCGUCCAGGCGAUAACAACGAUAAAUGGGACCCAUGUAAAAGCAAACCGACACUGGAAGAGAAGAAGGCGCCUGAUGGCGAUAUCGAGAGCCCACCAACGCCCAAUGGUAGCUGGACCAUGAAGCUUUUUGAUGUCAGUGAUUGUGUCUAUUCGAAUGAUGGAAAUAGUAUGGGAACUCUGAAUUGUCCUGGAAUGGCGACGCCUGUCACAUGUGUGAAGGAGGAAGUCGCCCCAACGAUCCCUUGUGCGAAUGGUAAUUAUCUUUGUUUUCAAAAAGAAGUCCGCUUAUGUGGAGUUUCUCAAAGCUCGAGUCCUCCUCAAGUUGCGAAAAUGAUUUUCAGGCAAAAGAGAGAAAGCUGUAAACUUAUGAAGGAAUAUCUUAAAUCGAUUAUGUUAAAACUUCUAAGCAAUUGGACACCUCAGAAAGGUGAAAAAGUUGCCGAGGGAGGAGAAUAA